AUGGCACCAAUUUCAGGCAAAAAGCGCACUUCCGCCCGUGCGAAAUCGUCGCGCGCAGCCCGUCCACAGGCCACUCUUCCCACACCAGCCGACGACGCACUCUUUUCUUCCUCCAAGAAAGACAAGCGCACUAUAAAACACUCUGCCUUUGUCAGCAAAAUCGAGAGGUCCUCCUCGAAGAUCCAGAAGCGGCGGCGGCCAAACAAGAAGCUGGUCACGAACCUUGAGUCUCUCGCGGACGCUCUAUCCGGCUUGGAACAGGGUGAUGGAAACGGCGAGCUUGUCGUAGGACAAGCCAAGAUACAGAGGAAGAGUCUGAAGAGUAGACCUGGAGCUAUGAAGAAGAAGGAGAAGUUAGAAAAACUUGAGAAAGAGAGGUUCAACAUGAACUUGGCACAGAUGGCGACCACUUCGACAGCGAGUAGUGCGACGGGAAGCAACCCGGCAGCUGAUCGAUGGGCAGCGUUGAAAAAACAUGUCAAGAAUACUGCAGAGAUCAAACCCGAGUUUUUGCAAAAAUGA